AUGCUGUUGACUGUACUUUAUCGUUAUUUGUCUUUCUCUCCUUCAUCGUGUCAUCAAGAGUUUAGCAGUGAUGGCACAAAACACGGCACGCUAACUUCUCCACACUUUCCUUCUCCUUAUCCACCGAACACACACUGUCACUACGAGUUCUUCGGCCGGGGAAAGGAAAGAGUUAGAUUAAUAUUUCAAGAUUUCUACUUGUAUAAGUCCGCCGAUGGUUCCGUAGACUGCACAAAUGUGGACUCUUUGCAAGCAUUCAUCUACGUCGACGGACGGUUAGAGAAGGUGGAAAUGUUUUGUGGAGUCAACCUGCCCAAGCCAAUUAUGUCCAAUGGACCGAAACUAAUGCUGGAAUUCCGAGGGACACAAUCUUCGAGAUAUGCUAGAGGAUUUAAAAUAUCUUAUUCGUUUGUAGAAAAUUUCGGAAUCAACACAGGGAGACAACUAAAAGAAUUCCCGUGUGCGUUCGUGUACAAUAGUAGUGAAGCCCGAAACGGCACAUUCGCUUCUCCGAAUUAUCCGGGCCAAUAUCCUCGGGAUACUGAGUGCACGUAUUUCUUCCAUGGCGGGGAAACUGAGAAGGUGCAUCUGCACUUCAGUAACUUUGACGUUGAAGGAAUCGAACCGUGUGAAGUGGUAACUGCUAGUGAUUACGUCGAAUUAUCGAACUCAAUGACUGAAGACAGUAGAUUUGGUAGAUUUUGUGGUCAAAAGAAAGAGUUCCACGUGGAAUCAGAGAGGAAUUUCUUCAAAGUUACAUUCCGAUCUAAUGAUAGAUUAGACGGGACAGGAUUCAAAGCUAUUUAUCAGUUUCUAGAAGUCACUGACGAAUACCAAGCCCCAAUGCAAGAUGAAUCAUCAAGCUCAGUGUGUAAGUAGACUUAGACUUUAUUUAAUAUAGUUCUCUGGGUUUAUACCGAAAGCAAGGAAAUUCAGAAAAUUAUGAAUUACCACCAAAUCAAGCAUUUUUUUUUAUCAACUGUUAAUAAAGUCGACAAAUAAAAAAGAUUCUAAUAGAUGAUAAUACUUUAAAUCAGAAAAAAAAGUAUUGCUUGUACUCUUGGUGUGCGGCGGGUUUUACGCACGCACCCCCGUUCGUAUGCGGUACGAUCAAGCAAUUCUCCCCGCCGGCUGUUCCCUUUGUACUUUUUCGCUUCUAUUGUUAACAAUACUGAACGGUUUAACUUCGGAUUUUUAUAGUAUUCUCAGAUAUAUUAACUAACAACUUAUCUAUUGAAAAAUGUAAAUAUAAAUAAAAUUUUCGUUUUUUCAAUGUACUUUCAAUUUCUACCAUCUUUUUUUUUGGUUUUUUAUCUCAUUUAAGAAUUUUUCCAUUAAAAACACAGUUUUGCUAUAUUUAAUCAAAAUAAUAAUAAAUCGGAGUCUUCAAUUCGAUGUCUUUUUUACGCUCUAUAAAACCCUUGACCACGGUCGGUGUAACCCGGUUGAAACGUCGGGAAAUAAAAAUAGGUGAAAAACCCAACUAUCAAUCUAUCGCGGUAAUACUCGUUUCAUACAAUAUUUUUUCCUCUGAAAGUGUUCUUAAUUCUUAUUUAGUUAUAGUAUUUGUAAAAUCAGCCAGCCCAUAAUAUUUACAAGGAAAUAUAACUCCGAACCAAACUUAUGAGCGAAACAAUCGUAAGGCGCGCGCCGUGUCUUGAGAUACACGCAUACCAAGGAUUAAUGUAAUUUUCCGAAUUUUCCCGCACUCGUGAUAACUCCAAAGCACCUUAAUUAUUAAGUGUAACAAGUUGAGUAAUAACUAAUGACUCACCAGCAUAUCAGAAACAAGGAGAUUUUCCAAAAAGUACAUACGGCUGCACGUCAGACUACCAUAAUACGUCACCGUGAUUGAUUUUGUAUUCUAGCUAUAUUAUGAAAUAAGGUUUUAAAAUAGAGUGUCGAAAUUUGACGGUUAUGUAUAUCCUGACGUGCUGUUAAGUCAAUAUCGAGAAUGAAAUAGUGUAUGGGGGCACUCAAUAAAAGUGGCAAUUGGGUGAAGACGAAAUGUUUUUCGAAUUCGUCCAUUCUACACAGACAGGACUAGAAAAUAAAAAACAUCAAACUAUAAAAUAUCAUAUUCGAAAAAGUUCGUAUUGCAGCUGAAUUAAAGCUACCUACUUUUAUUUUUUACUAAAAACUACAUAAUUUGGGAUCUAA